CUGACCAUUCUCCGCUUACUUCGUACAUGUCGCGGCUUGUCGCCUCUGGGUAGGGUUGGUUGAAGAGUCUCCAUACCGCAUGCUGUCCACAUGGAGAGUUCGCGAUUGGAUUUGCGGCAACACGGGCCGAACUCAAGUGGCUGGUCCGUGCAUCGCGCAACGACGACAGUGACCCGAGUCGCACGUGAGCAACGACUCGCUGAUUGGCAACACCAACAGCUUGCUCGUAAAGGCUGAUCAUGGCAACAAUGUCGUCUUCAAAGAUCUCGUUGAUUGGAAGCCUACCAGAAGAGCUCCUGGUUCAGAUCCUCCACUACCUCGAUGCAGCGCCGCCAUCAGAGACCAAGAUCCGAGAAGAGCCGUCACUGCAACUAACCAUCUCCGAUAACCAGACACUUAAGGAAGUGUCCCUGCUUUCAAAGCGAUGGCGACGUCUAACGCUUCCACUACUCUUCCAACAUGCUUGCCUCCGUCUUGACACCUCGCCACGGCGACAAUGGGCCGACUGCCGGGUCUGCAACAGUGGCACCGUUCGUGGUCCAAUAGGAUCGGUAAAGUUAAGCACAGAAUUGAGCAAUGUCGACCAGUACCAUGUUGAGAUGGCCGAAGAGUGCACUGCGGCUCAUGACUCUUUCGAUCACCAGUCGCUCCGCUGGUUGUCCCGCUUCUAUCAUAGCCUUAACGACUUCCUCCGGUUCAUUAAGCGCAACGCACUGGAUACGGAUAUCCAAAGCUUCGUGUUGUCAACGGACAGCAUGUGUUCCGUCACACCGGAAAGUGUGACUGCUGAUUUGGAAUCUGAUUGGUGUUACCGUGCAGCCGCGGCCUUUUGGCAGCAUCUUCUGUCUGUGUUGGACUUGUCACGGGUGGUCAUCGUGGCACCUCCGACGGAUAUGGCAAGGUUGACGAACUGUGCAAUCAACACUUUCGACGAGUGGGCUUUCAGCGACAUGAGUUUCCACAUUCUCGACUUGCGUCUAGACAGCGGUCAUUCUCGCAGUUCCUCGCCUUUGCUGGGUCAAGCGGUCGACUACAAGCAGCUCAACUCCUCCGUCCGCCGCUUUCCAGGCAUUGCACCCUCGAGCAUCCUCAAGCUCCGCCCCUGGCACCACCUUACGGUUAACGAAGGUUGCUUCCUGAAAGCCUACGGUACAUACGAAUACUUUGAGCGCGGCCCACCUUCACUCAUCUACAGCAUCCUUGACUGCUUCACGCCGCGACCCACCUACGGCGCGGAUAUGCGUCGAAUCUCAGACGCUCCUUUAGCGGGACUAAGGAAACUUUCGUACAUUGCCAUCUUCCCCUUCGCGACACAUCUGCAGUUACGGGAUCUUCUGCCGCAACUGCAGGAGCUGGAUCUGCAGCUCGCGCCUUCAUUGGGAUCGAAAAUUCUGGAUGACCCUGCAAGGAUUGGAAAGGCAGACAUGCAGGAUUGCUGGUCCGAGUUGGUGAGUAUUUAUCAGAGUCUUACUGCUCAGCUGGCGACUUUCCGAAUCUCGGAGCGGAAUGUGCCGAGAUUGGAGAAGGUGGUUUGCAGAGAUGUUGGUUGGCCUGGGUUGCAACAGGAUUUGGACGAAGUUUUUAUACCACUCUGCCUGCCCGUCUGGGCGGAGUGCGAACCGGGCGUGUUCACACGGCUUCAAGGGAGCGCGGACGGUCACAGUGGGAUGAAGGCGGAGUGGUGAUGUAGAGCUCGUUUCUAUUUGAUAGUACUGUUGUAGAACCGUCGCGACAGACUGAGUAGUCGCGGAUCGGCACUCUGAUGCAAGGAUGACCUAUGCUCUCUAGUCUCCUGAUCUUGCGCUCGUUACCACGUGCACUUCGAUCACAGUAAGCCAGUUC